AUGCUGAUGCUGAUGAAAAAACGGAAAAAUUUAUUUGAAUUAUUAUUGCUUCCUCAUCGCAACACUCUCCGAAGCUAUGGCCUCUUCUUGCCUGGUCUUCGUUACCCAACAACCUCCUACCUUUGUUUGAAGCUUGUUAAAAACAAAUACGCCAAUUUGGUCAGUACUUCUUUCGGAGCAAAAGAAAACAAGCCUUGUUGGGUACUACUUGAUUACUUGGCACCAUCAUCGGGCUUCAUCACCACUAGUAACAACAACAACAAGAAUAAUAUUCGGUAUUUUACAAGCAAGAUGGCUUCGAAUGACCCUGUCGGAACUAGUACUGUAAUAGUGCAACGAGUGAAUGAAAACAACAUUUCCGAAAAGGAGUACAUCGGUUCUUUUUGGAAAACACAAUUACCUCAACAAUUAAUGAAAGGCAUUUGGGACACAGAGAAGGACUUUUCAAGAAUACCGUAUCAUCUCAUUGAUAACAUGUAUCAUUCAGAAAGUGGAUUAUACAGCGAAGGCUGCUGGCACAAUUUCGUGAUGGGACUCAAUUUAUGCCAAAUGAUUGAACAACAAGAACACGAGGAAGAGGUUACUAAAUUUUGUAAGGAGCAUGCAUUGGAGGAAAAACUUGCUCGAUUGUCUCAAUCUGUUUUCGCUUUGAAUUUUGAUAGGGAUCAACACUUGUUUUUUCAGAGACAACCCUCAGGAAUUUGGCAAUCAGCUGAUGAAAGUGAAAUGCAAGAGAGAAAGGAAUUUUGGAAAACUAACAAGGAUGAAAAGAAGCUCAUCAGUAAUGCAAUGGGGUUGAUGUUUUACAGUACAAUUUCAAAACAUGGAAAAUUUUUGCCACAAGACUUGGAUUUGAACAAAUUUUGUGAGAGCAUCAUGAGUCACUUUUAUGACAAGGCAAAACAGUUAUGGAAAACAAAGAUUAGUUCAGUAGAAGGAUAUGAGGUUGAGACACAACAUUACCGACUCGUAGACCAUGCAAUGCUGUUCUUGGCAUUCUCAACGUUUGUUUCGCAUCCAUCUGUGGAACCUAACCUUAAGGAGAGACUAUUGCAAGCUAUCGAUCAUAUUUUAGAGAUUAUUCUUAAACGAUUCAACGUUGAAAAUUUCACAGAGCGUAUUACUUAUUUAGAUGCUGAUUUGACACGUCAUUCCAAGAGAUUUUUGUGGCAAGAUUGUUGGCUAGUGCUAGCUCUAAUCAAGUCAGGAAAAUGCAUUGAACAGCUUCCAUCCAUGGUGCAAGAGUUAUACAAUGAAUAUGUCGAUAUUGAGACUGGAUUUUUAUUCAGUGAAGCCAUUGGAGCUGUCUCUGAUCCAACCACUGUUAAAACAAAGACCGUGAACGACAAGGUGAGGAAAUUUUCUCCAAUCACAGGUCAAAUGUACAUAAGUUUCAUCAACGACAAUGCUCUCUUUUUACUAAUACUGAAAUGUAGAGAGACCUACUGUUUUGAUAAUGACAGCAUUUUACAAUUAGACUCUCUUUUCAAAAAGUUUGAGGAAUCAUUUCAUAGAUACAUUGAGCAAUCCAAGGUUAAAAAAGGCAUCUCUGAUAUGGGUGCCCAAAGAUUACUCAUCUCAGAUUAUCUGAUCAGAGAGGGUUUAUGGGCAAAUAGUGAGACUCUAUUUUCAUUACUUUCACCAUGCUCCUUUUUCUCACAUCAUAAAUAA